AACACUCUGUGUCUGAAGGGGCCUGGGAAUUCAGCUGCCAAGGGGCUGGGAUGGCACAACAUGGGAUAUGGUGGCUCCUCCUUCCCCUCUGUGCGCUCUCCAGUGCCAGCUACCGGGGCCGGGAGUUCCUGGCCGUGUUCCCACAGAACGACAACGAGUCCCCCAGUGCAUCCCUGCGGCUGCUGCUCACCUCUUAUGGCCCUGCUGUCACCCAGGUGUCGGUGACACUCCGCGGUGACUCCGUCACCAAGAACAUCAUCACCCUGAGGCCAGAUGUCACUGUGCCCUUGUCCCUCCCAGCUAACCUGGAACUCACUGGAAGUCGCACUUCCUAUAAAACCUUGGUGGUCCAGGCCAGCACUGACAUCUCUGUGGUAUCUGUCAGCACCAAGGGCUACUCUGUGGGUGCCACUGCCCUCCUACCUAUGGAGAGCCUGGGCACCAGGUACUAUGUAGUGACACCUGUUGGGAACUACACUUAUGGCCUGACUGAGUUUGUGGUGGCCACUGGUGCCACAACCACUGCUAUCAGCAUCACAACCACCGCCACUUUCCACUAUGCUGGGGCCACCUACGUCCCUGGUGCUGUGCUCCGCCUAUUCCUGCAGCCCUACCACAGCCUGCAGCUCCAGAGCAGCCAGGACUUCACUGGCACAAUUGUGGUGGCUGACACCCCUGUGGCUGUCCUCAGUGGCCACACCUCUGUCAAGGUGUCUGCUGGCUUUGACUUUGUGGUGGAGCAGCUCCUCCCAAUGAAAGCAUGGGGGAGGAGCUAUGUGGUACCACCCAACCCACUGCAGACAGACGUUGACUUAGUUUAUGUGGUGACAGAUGAAGACAACACAAUCACUUACAACAGCGGGAGAGGGAAUGCCACUGUGGCCAUGGCAGCAGGAGAGGUGCAGACAUUCAUGCUGAACCGUAACUCCCAUCUGUACAUCAGUGCGGUGGUGGCAGUGCAGGUGGUGUUUUUCUUCAGCGGGUCGUCUUGGCAAGAUCCCUUCCUCCUUGUUGUCCCCCCUGUCACUGCCCAUUGCACUGCGUUCCGCUUCAGCAGUGUGCCCAGGCAGUAUAACCAUGCCAUCCUCAUUGCACCCACCACUGCCACUGCCACCACCACCCUCAACCAUCGGCUAGACAACACCGUGGCGUGGCAGGCCAUUCCUGACACAGAUUUCUCCUGGGCCAGCAUCACUGUGAGUGCAAGAAUGCGGAGCACUGAGAACUCACAGGUGCCUAUUGGUCUCCUGGUGUUUGGGUUCCGGAAUCACACUGGAUAUGGCUUUCCAGGGCUCUGUGCUGCCACCCCCUCACCACUCUCCUGUGAGGAUUUGGUAUGUGAGGAGAGGUGUGAGAUGGUGGAUGGACAACCAGAGUGCAUCCAGGAGACUUUCUCCACCUGUUGGCUUGCUGGUGGGCUACACUACCGCAGUUUUGAUGGAAAAGCCUUUGAUUUCAUGGGAACGUGUGCCUACACCUUGACCACUGUCUGCGAUUCCGAUCCCACCCUUCCUGCCUUCUCUGUUGAGGUCACAAAGAAGGAAAAGGAGAACUCCAAAGUUUCUUCCAUCGGCUCCAUCACCAUCCAUGUUGACAACAUCACUGUCACUGCUGUCCAGUCAGAGAAUGGGAUGGUGAGGGUGAACAACCACCGCUCGCACCUUCCCAUCUCCCUUUCCCAUGGGAAGGUCCGCAUCCACCAGAAGGGUAAAUCCAUGUUGAUCCAAUCAAAUUUCAAGCUGAAGGUCCUCUACGAUUGGGAUGAUCAUGUAGUGAUCAAACUUCCAGCUGCUCUUUCUGGAAAAGUCUGCGGAAUGUGUGGGAACAACAAUGGGAAUCCCCAAGAUGACGCCCUCUCACCUGAGGGAAAACAAGUGUGGGAUAUUGUGGAGUUUGGGCAGAGCUGGAAGGUGACCAGUGAGAGUGGCCACUGUCAGGACACCUGUGAUGGUGACUGUGGGCGGUGCAGGUGGGACCAGGUGGUGACAUACAAGGCAGAGACCUGGUGUGGGAAGUUGUCUCAACAUUCUGGGCCAUUCCAGCCGUGUCAUGACACUAUCACUCCUAAUAUCUACGUGAAGAACUGUAUCUAUGACCUGUGUGCCAAUGAGGGGCAUCGUGACGUGCUGUGCCACGCCUUUGAGAUCUAUGCUGAUGACUGCCAGGAGGAGGGGAUCAAUGUUUCCGACUGGAGGAAAACAGUGGGAUGUCCUCUCACUUGCCCACCCAACAGCACCUACAGCACCUGUGGCCUUGUCUGCCUCCCUACCUGCAACAUCCCUGCUGUGUCAUCCAGCUGUGCCGCUGUCACCACCUGCGUGGACACCUGUGUUUGUCAUGAGGGCCUUGUCCUUGAUGCUAACACCUGCAUUCCCCCCUCUGAAUGUGGCUGUGUCUUUCGGGGUCUCUUGUAUGGCCCUGGCGAGGAGUUUUGGGGUGACCUCACUUGCACCCAACGCUGUGUAUGUGACACAGAGCAGCGGCAGGCAGUGUGCCGGGAUUCUGGCUGUGGCACUGAGGAAGAAUGCCGGGUGGAGGAGGGGAUCCAGGAUUGUUAUCCCAAAAGUUUUGGGGUCUGCACUGCUGUUGGAGCCACCCACUAUGAGACCUUUGAUGGCAAGAGGUUCAUCUUCCAGGGGACAUGUAUCUACCUGUUGGUAGGGUUGUGUGAGGACACCCAAAAUUUGGUGGGAUUCCAGGUGUUGGUGCAGAAUGGCCGCCAAAGUGACAACCUCAUGUCGUCAAUUGCUGUGGUGACAGUCAAAGUCUACAACAAAACCAUCAGCAUCAGCAGGGAGCAUCCUGGAAAAAUCAUGAUUGAUGAGCAGUUGGUCAAUCUCCCGUAUCACUACAGUGAAAGAAAGAUUGUUGCCUAUCGCCAUGGGCAGGAUGCGGUGGUAGUGACCGAUUUUGGCCUUGUUGUAACCUAUGACUGGUACAGCCACAUCAGCACUACGGUGCCCAGUGGCUUUACCAACGCCCUCUGUGGGCUCUGUGGGAACUACAAUGGCGCUGCAAGUGACGACAUGAUGAUGAGGAAUAACCAUGUGACAUCAGACUCAGAUGCCUUCGGGAGAAGCUGGAAGGUCAUUGAUGUCCCAGGAUGUGGUGAGAUGUCAACAGUGGAAUGUUCCAGCACUCUUGCACCUUCCCGGCUGCAGCAGGAAGUCUCUGGAAUGGGGUGUGAAAUUAUUUUGGAAGUGGAUGGACCUUUUAGAGCAUGUCAUAGUCAUGUUGAUGGCCACCAGUACUUCCAGAGCUGCAUCCAUGACUCCUGCCUGCUCCCUGAUCAGGAAGAAGGGAUGUGUCCAAUCAUUGCCCUCUACGCCACUGCAUGCCAGGCUGCUGGUGUGUCCAUUGGGAGGUGGAGGACAGAUAAUUUCUGCCAUAUUCCCUGUCCUUCCAACAGCUCCUAUGAGAUCUGCUCCCACACCUGCCAGCACACCUGCGGUACUGACUCUGCCACAUGCCACAGGCGGUGCCACGAGGGCUGCACAUGUCAGGAUGGCUUCAUGCUCAGCGGUGACGAGUGUGUCCCCAUGUCCCACUGUGGCUGCAGUCACCAUGGAGUCUACUACAAAGUGGGGGAGACAUUCUACCCCACAGAGUGGGAGAUGUGCCAGUGCCUCUCUGGUGGCACUGUGGAAUGCCAGAAUUCUUCCUGUCCUGAUGGUGGCCAUGGGAAGGUCAUGAGUGAUGUCCUCCAGUGUCCCUUGCAGGUGUCCAGCACCUGUGUAGCCACAGGUGACCACACCUAUGUUACCUUUGAUGGGACAGCCUUCAACAUCACUGGUACUUGCUCCUAUGUCCUCACCCAGACCUGCACAGGUGACAAUGUGACGUCAUUUAUUGUCACAAUCCAGAAGGAGGCGCGGCAGAAGGGGAAGGCCUCCAGGAUCCAAGCUUUGUCUGUGGAAGUCUAUGGGGUCACCUUGACCUUGAAACAAGGAAAAAGGGCAGAUGUCAUGGUGGAUUCCAUCUCCCACCACCUCCCCACCAUCCUGAGGGAGGGACAGGUCCAGGUCUACCCACAUGGGACAGGUGUCCUGCUCCGCACUGACUUCGGCCUCAUUGUCCAGUAUGACCUCGUCCAGCACGUGAUGGUCACAGUCCCCCAGACCUACAUGGGGUGCUUGUGUGGCCUCUGCGGCAACUACAAUGGCCAACGCAAUGAUGAUUUCCAGCUUUCCAGUGGCCAGCUGGCUCCAGAUGCAACAGCCUUUGGAUCCGCAUGGAAAACGACAGAUACACCUUGUAAUGACACCUGUCCCAAGGAUGAGUGUCCCACCUGCACAGAAGAGAAAAUGGCAGUCCUCCAAAAACCCAACUAUUGUGGCCUCCUCACGGCCCCCGAAGGUCCCUUUGGCACCUGCCAUCGCAUCAUUGACCCCAUCCCGUAUUCCCAGUCCUGCAUCCACGACCUCUGUAUGACGGGAGGGGACACACAUGUCCUGUGCCAGAGUAUCCAGAGCUAUGUCACUGCAUGUCAAAGUGCUGGUGUCACCGUGGGAGCUUGGAGGACAUCAUCCUUCUGCCCACCCACCUGCCCAGCCAACAGCACCUACUCCCUUUGCACCAACACAUGUGCCAACAUCUGCACCGGAAAUACCACCACCUGUCCCCAAACCUGCACUGAGGGCUGCCAGUGCUACCAGGGUUAUGUCUUUGAUGGACACAGAUGCAUUCCCGAGGAUUACUGUGGAUGCUUUAGGGAUGGGGAAUACUAUAAGCCCCAUGAGAUGCUUUUCCAGGAUCACUGCCAGCGCCGUUGCACCUGUGUCCCUGGCCAGGGACUUACCUGUCAUGACCACGCUUGCACUGAGGAUGAAUCCUGUGAAAUCUGGGAAGGGGUCUUGGGAUGCAUCAAAAAAAACCCCUGCAAGUCCCUGCACUGCCGCCCCAAGGAGCGCUGCCGGCCCCGCGGUGCCCAGUCUCGCUGUGUCCCAGCCCUGGUCGCCACAUGCUGGGCAUGGGGUGACCCACACUUCCGAACCUUCGACGGCCUUGACUUUGACUUCCAAGGAACUUGCACCUACACCAUGGCUGAAUCACAUGGGAAUGACCCUGGGCUGGUGCCUUUCAGGGUCCAGGCCAAGAACGACAUCCGUGGUGGGAUCCAGUCUGUGUCCUAUGUCUCAUUGGUCAAUGUUGAUGUCUAUGGACAACGCAUCUCCUUCCGCCGGAAUGAAGAUGGAAGAGUCUGGGUGAACGGGGAGGUGACGCUGCUCCCGGUGCUCCUGGCGGACAGGAAGGUGCAGAUCCAUCCCAGUGGGCUCCGUGUUGCUCUGGAGACAGAUUUUGGUCUCCGGGUCUCCUAUGACUGGAACUGGCACCUCCUGAUUGACCUCCCCAGCAGCUACUUUGACCACGUCCGUGGCCUUUGCGGGAAUUUCAACCUCAAGCCCCUUGAUGACAUCCCUGAGGCUGGUGAUAACAUCACUGCCAUUGUCACAUGGGCUAAAAACUGGAAAAGUGCUGACUCCGAGGUUGAUGACCUGAUUUGUUGGGAUUAUUGUGAUGGAGCAUGCCCAGUGUGUGAUGAGAAGAAGAAGGAGCUUUAUGGCGGGAACCACUAUUGUGGGAUCAUCAAAAAAUCCUUCCAGGGGCCCUUCAGAGCAUGUCAUGACAUAGUGAAGCCUCAUGACUUCUAUCGCAACUGCCUGUCUGACCUAUGUCUGAACGAUGGGGCGAGGUUGAUCCUCUGCCAGGUGCUGGAGACCUAUGCAGCAACGUGUCGGAAGCAUGGGGCCAUGGUCCAUGACUGGAGGACACCAUCAGGAUGCCCCUUACCUUGCCCUGAAAACAGCCACUAUGAGCACUGUGGCAAUGCCUGUCCAGCCACCUGCUCCGACUGGGACAGUCCAGCCACCUGUGACCAGCCCUGUGUGGAGACAUGUGCCUGUAACACCGGCCACGUCCUCAGUGGUGGACAGUGCGUACCGGUGUCCCACUGUGGCUGCACCCGUGAUGGCCGCUACUACCGUCCUGGCGAGGAGUUUUGGGGUGAUGACACCUGUCGCUCCAGGUGUAGGUGUGACAUGGAGCUGGGAAUGGUGGUGUGCGAGGACUCUGGGUGUAAACUGGGUGAGGUGUGCGCGGUGGUGAAGGGUGUGCGGCGGUGCGUGGCCAACAGACAUUCCAUCUGCGUGGCAACUGGUGACCCCCACUAUACCACCUUCGAUGGGCACCGCUACGACUUCAUGGGUACCUGUGUCUACCUGUUAGCUGAGCUCUGCUCCACUGACCCCACCCUCAUCCCCUUUGCUGUCACUGUGGAGAACAAUCACCGUGGCAGCCAGCUGGUCUCCUUCACCAAGGUGGUCACCAUGGAGGUGUACAACAUGACCCUCAGCCUCAGCCAGGAACAUCCCCAAAAGGUCAAGGUUGAUGGUGUCCUUUUGAACCUUCCCUUCACCCACAACCACCAGAUCCAGGUGUCUCUCCAUGGUGUCCACGGCUUCAUUACCACUGAGAUGGGUGUCACUGUCACCUUUGACUGGUACAGCUAUGCCCGUGUCAUCAUCCCCAACACCUAUGCUGGUGCUGUCUGUGGCCUCUGUGGCAACGCCAAUGGUGACCCCCGUGAUGACUUUGUCACCCGUGAUGGCCACCGCGCUAACAAUGAGACCCAUCUGGGGGACAGCUGGAAAGUCAGCGAUGUCCCUGGGUGCUCAGCUGGGUGCAGCGAGGGCUGCCAGGUGUGCACCAACACCCAGAAACGUGCCUACCGUGGGGACAAGCACUGUGGGCUGCUGGGGAAGAAACGGGGGCCCUUUGCCGCCUGCCACGACAUCAUUGACCCCAGCCCUUACUUGGAUGACUGUCUCUUUGACGCCUGCCUGUAUGAGGGACACCAGGACACCGUGUGCCAGGCCAUUGCCGCCUAUGUUGCUGUGUGCCAGAGCCAGGGCGCUGCCUUGCGUCCGUGGAGAACGGCUGCCUUCUGCAGCCCUGUGUGCCCCCCAAACCAGCACUAUGAGCUCUGCGGCCCCCCCUGCCCUCCCACCUGCCAAGGCGAAGCUGGACCUCAGGACUGCUCUGAUGCCUCCACAUGCUUUGAAGGUUGUUUCUGUGAUCCCGGAUUUUUCCGGAGCGGGGAUAACUGUGUGCCCCUCUCCCAAUGUGGCUGUGUUUUGGAGGGCCGCUACUACCCCCGGGGAGAGCAGUUUUACCCUGCACCCCCCUGCACUGAGCGCUGCAUCUGCUCCGAAAAUGGGGGGCUGGAGUGUCACCCCACUCCAGGCUGCUCCAGUGACAAGGAAUGCACAGUGAAGGAUGGGGUACUGGGGUGCCACCCCCGCACCUGCAGACAGUGCCAGAUUUUGGGGGCAGGGGCUUACAGCACCUUUGAUGGGCACCUGGGGAAUUUUGAGGGGUCCUGCACCCUCCUGCUGCUGGAGUUGGAGAGGGAUGAGCCUGAAGAAGAGCUAAAGCCUAUCACAGUGGCCUUGGAGCAGGAGGACUCAGAGGUGCAGCGGGUGACAGUGAUGGCGCACGGGAUGACUGUGGUGAUGGACAGGGGACAGCAGUGGGAGGUGAUGGUGGAUGGCGAGCGCCACUUGCUGCCGCUGUGGCUGCGCGGGGGCGCUGUGGGGGUGGCACAGGUGGGGUCCCACCGGCUGCUCCAGGUCCAAGGGGGUCCUAAAAUUCUCUACGAUGGCAACACGUAUAUGGUGCUGACGCUGCCCACCCCAUCCCGCCACCCCCGGGGCCUCUGCGGCAACUUCAACGGGGACCCACACGACGACUACCCCGAUGGGGAGGCUCCGGGCAGCUCCCCCCCGAACUGCACCCACCUGGUACCCGCCCCCAGCUGCUCCCCGGACCAGGCGAGGCACUGCAUGGUGCUCGCGGAUCCCGAAGGACCCUUUGCGGGGUGUCAUGGAGCAGUGCCGCCCCGCACAUACGUGGUGACCUGUGAGCGCCGGGUGUGCGGGGGGGGUGGAGACCCCUGCCCCAGCUUUCAGGGCUACGCAGCCGCGUGCCAGGCAGCUGGAGGCGCGCUCCGGGAGUGGCGGGAGGCCACGGGUUGCCCUCUCACCUGCCCUCCCAAGAGCCACUACCAGCUGUGUGCCCGCACCUGUGAGCACACCUGCGCAGGUGUGUCGGCCCCGCUCCCCUGCAGCGAGCGCUGCUUUGAGGGGUGUCAGUGUGCCGAGGGGCUGCUGUUCGACGGGGCCCGCUGUGUCCUCCCGGGGACCUGUGGCUGCCUCCACCAGGGGCGCUACUUCCAGAUUGCUGAGACCAUCCUGACCUCUGACUGCUCCCAAUCCUGCACCUGCCGGGGGCCUGGGGGCCUCCAGUGCCGCCCUUUCACUUGUCCCUUCGGCCACACCUGCAGCCUCCGUGAUGGCACCCACACCUGCAUCGCACGCCCAGGCCGCUGCGCUCUGUCCCCUGCCACCCGCUUCAUCACCUUUGACGGUGUCACCGGGUCCACCCUGGUCACUGGCAUCUAUGUGGUGGCCAGCGUUUGUGACCCCCGGGACCCCGUGUGGUUCCGGCUGCUGGGGGAUGUCAGGGAUGUUGGGGACCAGCCCGCAGUGGUGGCACUUCACCUCUUCACCCCCCACGGCCUCAUCACCAUGCGGAGGAACAGGAAGGUCUGGCUAAACGGGAUCCCCACCCCCCUGCCCGCGGAGUUCCCAGGACCAUUGACCAUCACGGAGACGCGCACGACCCUCCGGAUCAGUGGAACCGCGGAAUUUCUGGUGGAACUGGGCGCCGCGGGGGUGACAGUGGAGGUGCCCAUGGAGGCGCGGGCAACGCUCUGUGGCCUCUGCGGUGACUACGACGGUGCUGCUGGCAAUGACCUGCGAGGGCCUGAUGGGACAGUGACAAGCGACGCGCAGGCGCUGGCCGAGGCCUGGCGGGCACCCGACUUCACCUAUCACUGUUGAGUCAGAGAUGACACGUAGUCGGAUCAGAAGGCAAAGUGGCAAAAAGCCUCGUUUUUUUCAUCCUCACUUCUUUUAUAGCUUAGUUUGCUACAGGUGGACCUGACUAGUCAUUUAAUCAAUACAUUUCACCUGUCUGGCUAAUUAACAAGACACCCAUUUGUAAACAAUCUUAUGAGAAAAACAGAUUAUUAGAAAAACACCUCCUGCAGGCUUUUUUAAUAUUUGGCUGUCAUUGCUUAUCCCCAGCACCCUAAACCUUCUCAGGACGAUUCUGGGAAAACUUAUCUAGCUUUCUCUCUCUCUGACCAGGCUGUCACAUCCACAAUCACCCAGGUGGGUGACACCAGGGAGACACUAGGGGAGGGGGGAUUGGGGUGUCUUGGGGGUGGCACUAGGGGCAACAGUGCCAAAAAAGGGGAGAAAAGUAGCCUAAAAGGAGGGAAAGAAUCCCCCAAAGAAGGGACAGAAGGCCCAAAAGAUGGAAAACAGACUGAAAAAGGGAAAAGAAGUUCCCCAAAAGGGAGAAAAGAGCCCUGAAAAGAUGGGGAAGGAGACCAAAAAGAGGGGGAAGAGCCAAAACUGGGAAAAGGACCCCAAAAUACCAGAAAAGAGACCAAAAAAAGGAGCAAGAGCACAGAGGGUGGGGGAAAAAAACCCAAAAGAUGGGAAAAGAGACCCGUAAAUGAGGAAAGGAUCCAACAGAGGAAAAGAACUGAAACAAGUGGAAAGAGAUCAAAAAAAGAGAAAGGGGGGCGGUGGGGAAGGUGUAAAGGACCCCCCAAAGGAGAACAGAAACUCAAAGGUAUGGGAAAGACACCACAAAUGGGUGAAGGACCCAUAAACAGGGGAAAGGAAUAUUAAAAUUGAGGAAGAGUGCAGAAAAAUAAAGGGAAAGAGAAACAAAAAAGAGUGGCACCAGAAACAGGGGAAAGAACCCCCACAAAAGGGGGGAAGAGGGGUGGGAGAGAAGCACAAGAAAGGGGGGAAAAAAGAUUACAAAACAAGGGAACAGCAAAUAAAAAAGGGGGAAACAGCCUCUCAAAUUGAGUAGAGAGACCAACAACAGAGGGGAAAGAGUUCAAAAAUGGGUAUAAUAAGUCCAGAAAAGGGGGAAAAGACCCCAAACUGGGGGAAACUGAUACAAAGUCCCCCUUGAUUUUGCCUUUCUUCCCACCGAGUGAUGUGGAAAAUUGACAUUUCACCUGGGUGGCCAUGCCCUGUCCCUGACAUCAUCCUCAAACAGCCUCAGAUCCGGAAAACCUGGAUUUUAAUAAGUCCCAAAACUGUGCUUUCACCCCCAAAAUAAAACCUGGGAGAAAACGACAUUUGCGGGUGACCUGGGAUAGAAUCCUGAAAAUUCUGGAAAAAUUCUCAGUGGAGGGGGGGCAGGGACGGCUGUUUCCACCCUGUCCUGCUGCCGGCAGUUCCAUGUCCCCCCUUUCUUCACCCCCGUCCGUCAAUAUUUCCCAACGCCUGAGUCCCACAGGGGGGAAGGGUGGGGGGGGCACCCGAAUGUUUGGUGCCGGGGAGGGGAGGAUCUUCCCAGACAUCUGAGUCCACCAGGGAUGGUGUGUGCUACGGCACACGUGGAGGGGACUCCUCACCAGUAUCCCCACUUCCUCCCAGUACAUGCCAGUACCCACCCCUCAGUCCCCCCCAGUAUCCCCCUUCUGGUAUCCCCAGUCUCUCCCAGUAAAACAACCCCCUACUGCCCCCCCCAACCCGUCUCUCCCAGCCUCCCUCAGUUGGCCCCAGUAUACCCCUGUGAUAAAUGGAUAUGAUUUGUGCUAACCAAAUUGUAACUAUAUCAAUAUUUUAGGAAAUAUUUGCUAAUAAUGGGAAAGCAGAUGAGCCCUUUACAGAUGUUACAUAUGAAAAACAGGAUACAGGAUGUAGUAUUGAGAUAAGCAAGAUCCUAAAACAGAGCCAGCCUUAGGAUGAGCAAAGUUGGGAUGAUUCCAGUUAUGGAUUCUAAAGUAGUGGUCUUAUCUAUGAAAUAAUAAGGCUUAUUUGUAACAUAAUGCUUACUUACUGUCGUGGUUUGAGGGGAAAUGGUUUUUUUUGGGAUGGUGUGGUCACGCCAAUCGGUGUCCAGAUUUUAAUAUUGGCACCUGGUUUGUCCACUGAGGGCAUGGAUACGCCUCUGAGAACACAGGGGUUAAAAGCUGUGAACUCCCACUGGAAGCUCCUUUUGAGUUCCGGCCCUGGACCAGACGAGACCUCUCCCCUGUCCAGCUCUGAGCUGGGCAGGGGGCGGGAGGGGAGCCAUGUGGCCGGAGGGAGGUAGGCCAGGCCUGGACCAAAGGGUGGAGGAGCAUUGCACUGCGAGGGCUUCGGGCAGCCAUCCCCCAUUCCCCCCCCCCCCCCAGAGGAAGAGAGAGAGAGCAGACUGUGCUUGUGAUAGCAACUGGAGUGAAGGAGAAGGGCGGGGUGCCCAGCAGGGCAGCCAGCUGUGGGAGUUCAUGAACCAAACCAGCAGAGUCUGGGACUUUUAACCCUUCUUGGGACGAUGGAAACCUUGCAAAUGCUGAUUCCUCCUGGAGUUGGUGAGAUUGAGAGAAGUUGAGAAGAAUUCUAGGUGGGAGGAGAUGAUGGAGUGGCUUUUGGCUGGACUUUUCUUGGAUAGCUAUGGACAGAACCCUUGAGUUCCUGUGACACAGAGACUGCAUCUAGGGGGAGGCAAUGGCUCAGAGCCAGGAGAGUGCGGUGAUGUGAAGGUGUGUGAACAGAGACGACGGGUGAGGAGGGUGGUGGUGGUGCCCUCCGUCUUCAAAGAAGAAGAAGAAGAAGAUGAUCUCUGUUCAAGAGACCCCUCAGCCCCAGGGGGUGAAACAUGGGGGGGACAGGUGUCCCAAAAGGAGAGGAACUGUGCUCUUUUUUGGAACUGGACAAAGCAUCCUUAAAGGGAAAAAACCCUAGAAGCAGCUCUGGUCCAUGUGCAGUGGUGAGAGCACUGGACAUGGAAGGAAGAGGUCACGAUGGCAAAAUGUUCUCCGGGCGGUGCCACACGUGACACGGAAACACGAGAAGUUUCGACUGUUUCCUGGGUGAAGUCUGUGGUGCAAGAGGGACUCCUCUCUUCUCAAAGAACUGAGAAUUGAUUAUCCAAAGGGUGGUAACAGAAUUAAGAAAUUUGGUGGGGGGAGGAGGAGGAAAUUUGGAAGGUUUUCAUCCUGUGUUCUGUGUGUUUUUUCCCUGUAGUUUUAUGUUAAUAAAGUUUUUUUCCUUUCAAUCAUAA